CAGGACGCAAGACCCUCAUCCGAAAAAUCUGAUGUCAUCUUGCCGGCAAUAUUUUCCUCUCUGUCUGUAUAUUCAAUUGCAAUCAUAUUCCACUGCAAUAUAAACAGUGCGUGUAAAUGGUGAAAGGUGUAGAUUAUGUCUGUCGUUUGAUUCUGUGUGCAUCAUGCAUCUCAAUGGAGCAAGCAGCAGCUGAUCUAGACGGCUUGUUUUGCUGGAUGAAGGUGGACGCUUAGGACACAACAGGUUAUUGGCGUUUAUUAAAGGAGAGAAACACGAUGUCUGCGAGAGAAAGACUGAAAGAGAAGAUGACAAAAGAGAGCGUGACACUGCUGCCAUGCUUUUAUUUCGUGGAGCUUCCUCUCCUGGUCUCAUCUAUGGUCAGCGUGUAUUUUCUGGAGUGGACAGACGUUUUCAAACCGGUCCGCUGGGGUUUCAGCUGUCACGACCGCAGUCUGAGUCUGCCUUAUAUCGAACCCACGCAUGAGGUCAUUCCCUUCCUCAUGCUCCUCAGCCUCGCUUUCGCAGCUCCUGCUAUUACGAUCAUGAUCGGAGAGGGGAUUCUGUUCUGCUGUCUGUCCCGAGCGCAGUGCAGAGGAGGAGCUGAAGCCGAUAUCAACGCCGCGGGCUGCAACUUUAACUCUUUCGUCCGGCGAGGUGUCAGGUUUGUGGGCGUUCAUGUGUUUGGAUUAUGUGCCACGGCUUUGAUUACCGACAUCAUCCAGUUGUCGACAGGUUACCCCGCCCCCUACUUCCUGACUGUCUGCAAGCCCAACUACACUCACCUCAAUACUUCCUGUGAUGAAAGUUUCUUCAUCCUGGAGGACAUCUGCUCAGGAUCUGAUGCCGCUGUCAUCAAUGCUGGCAGAAAAUCCUUCCCGUCACAGCAUGCAACACUGGCAUCCUUUGCUGCCGUGUAUGUCUCGAUGUAUUUCAACAGCACGCUGACAGACUCAUCCAAACUGCUGAAGCCUCUUCUGGUGUUCUCCUUCAUCAUCUCUGCCAUCAUAUGUGGUCUAACCCGCAUUAUUCAACACAAGAACCACGCCAUUGACGUUUACCUGGGCUUCCUUCUAGGAGGGGGCAUCGCUGUUUACCUAGGUUUGUUUGCUGUAGGAAACUUCCAACCGAGCAAGGAGAAACAGACAAGUCAGCUUCACAUUCACGAUUCUCAUCGAACUAUGACUGACCUUUGCCAGCAAGGUCACCGCUUAACUGCCAAGAGCUGCAGUGGCAGUGACGGUCUCUCAUCUUCCUACUCCGAGGGCAUCCUGCAUCGCAACACCCAACACCACCAGGCUGGAUCUCUUAGCAGCCUGAAAAGACCAAGUGGAGAUGUGGAGGUCAUCACCCGCAGUCCUCCACACAAGGAGAACAUGGUGACCUUCAACACCUUGCCCAGAGUGCAUACGCAUGCCAUGGAUGAGUCUGAUUUCCGCAACGCCACCAUCCACACCUCCUCGGUAGAUUCAAGUCGAUCGAAGCAGCUGCUGAUGCAGUGGAAGAUUAAGAACGAAAACCAUAAACACUCCCUGCAUGCCAUGGAAGGCGGACCAGGACAGUCCCCUCCAAACAGCAUGGACAUCCGCUGCAAAUCUGAACCCUCAGCUGUGGGAAUCAAUGGUGAACAUCAGGGACCUGGAACCCCAUACCUAAAAAUGGCCACUGGAAGUACAACAUUACCAAGCAACCCCAGUGGAAUUGCUGGCGGUGCUCGGAUACCUAUGCAGUCUCGGCCUGGUUCCUCGCAGUUGGUGCACAUCCCAGAGGAGACACAAGAUAACAUGGGUGGCUUGCCAAAUACCAGUAACACCCGUGACAAAUGGCUUAAAAGCAUGGAGAGGACUGGGGAGAAGGGUGGGGAGGUACCGGUGGUUAGGACUAACUCUAAUGGCCAGCCACGCAUCAUGCAGGUCAUUGCAAUGUCCAAGCAGCAAGGUCUCCUGCAGGGGAGCUCUCCCAGUUCUGAGAGCAGCAGCCACACCAGCUCCACUGCACCUCUGCAGCGCUACAAGAGCCUAACUGAGGAGUCUGGAGGUCAAGGCAGCACUGGAGCCAUCAUUCGGGUGGAAGCCCAUCCAGAGAACGGUCGACCCCUGGUGCAUGCGCACUCCACGGAUGGAAGUGGCUCCUGGACGUGGAAGUCCCAAAGCAGCUUCAGACAGUCAUUUGAGCUCAAUGACUUGAAUCGAGACUCGGAGAGUUCAGAAUCCAUGAGGGAUGGGAACAGUUCUACGGACAGAAAGAAGAAUGGCUCUAACGCUCCUAAAGUCGUCGCAGUGCCAACUGUCCCUACUUUAUCUACAGCAGGUGGUGACCACCAUCCCAACCAGACCAUUUCCACCAUCCGGGUCACUCCCAUGGAAAUGACUGAAUCUGGUGUUGAGAGUCGUGAUUCGAGCUUGCGCAGAAAAACCAGGAUCCUUAUCCCUGAAAGAGGAAACAGUCCAGACAAUACCAGGAAUAUUUUUUACAAGGGAACAUCCACCACCCCAGUUUUCAAAGAGUAGUCAGUAAUUAUCUUGACACAAAAAAAUAAAAAUAAAAUAAAUAAAAAUAAAAAAAUAUCGAAGAAACCAGAAGAGGUUGGGUGUUGUGUAGACACAUAUGCUACAUUUGACACAUCUCCAAUGGCAUCACCUGUUAUGCAUGAGAUAAUUCACUGACUUAAAAUUAUAUGGCAGCAAGAAAAGCACAAAAUCCAGGUUUUGGUCAGAAUAUUGUUUACUUUUGUGAUAACAACAUUGUAAACAUAUGACAGUAUAUCAUAUGGAAAUGGUCUUACCUUUAGUGAAACACUGUGAAGCUGGAACUGUGACCUUGCCAAGAUUGAACUGCACCACUGUAUUUAAGUAUUUAACAUCUCAGAUAUCUUAAAAGAUUUUCCAUAUAGGCAUACAUCCACUUAUUCAUAUACUGAUAACUAUGCUAGCUGAAACUCUUAUUUUUGUAUUCUGUAAAUAACUUUUAAAAUCGGUGCUGCCCAGUUCUGAGAACGUAAUGUAAAAACAAAACGUUAAGGAGAAAAUAGAAAAAAAAUGUGCAGGGCACUCUUCUGAAAACUCUGUCAUUUGAAAUUUCUUAUGACCAUAAGUGCUUAGAAUAUUCUCUGUAGCAAAUGAUAGUCAUAAAACGACAUGCACUUCAUGUUUACUACUUGCAAUACAAAUACUUUACAUACUGUAUGUACUGUAUCUGUAGAAAUUUGCACGUAAAAUGCACAUUCAUGUAUAUUUUAUUAGACACAUAAUAUUGUAUCUAUCAGUGUCAAUCCAAAAGAGAAAAAUAAAAAAAGAACUACAUUUUAUGUACAAAUACCAAUGAAUACUAAUGAGAUUUAUUACUUCCAUUUAAGACUAUUAUUGUGAAAAAAACAAAAAAACAAAACAUUAUUAUUGCAUCUAAUGUCUAUCUUCCACUCUUUUCUCAAAUGUAUAUGUGCAUAACAGAAUUAAUUUUACUUGUUUCCCUUCAAAAAAUUCUGAUUUUGUCAUAGUUAUUUUAAAGUUAGCUGCAUUAGUAGCAAAACGAUAUUCCACGUUGAUUUUCUAACUGUGGUUAUUCCACUGUGAGCUCCAGCUUUUUAGGCCAAACUGUCAUAUUAAAUGUUUUAUAUACACUUGUGUAGCCGCACACUAAAAAAAUUCAAAUGGCUUUACUGUUCACAAAGAGAUUUGCAAUGAGCGAGAAGUGGCUCAUUAAAUCUAGUGUCAUCUUAGCUGUUAAAAAUGACAGCAGUGACAUUUAAUUCCAUGAUAAUUUACUGUGUAACUUUUUAUAAACUGUAAAUUAAUGUGCCAAAGGGUAUUUUAAAGCGAAGAUUCAGUUUUGAAACAUUUCUAUAGAAGUCUGUAUUCUUAUAAACCACAAACUCUUUCAGCACAGCUGUAGCCAGUGCAUGGUAGUUUGAUAUUUCACAUUUAUUUUUGGUUUCCUUUUUGUAAAUUAUGCAUUUGUGUAGCAGCUGCAUAUGUGAUUAUUUAUACUGAAUAUAAAUGACUUGUUGACAAUCUUUCUAGAUAAAGUCACACCAGAAUACACUGUAUGUUAUCUCUAACAUGUCGAAAGAUUGUUUGGAUACCCGUUAAUGUGCGCUAAUGAUUUUAGAAAUGCAUUAAGCAUGCUGGUAGCAGUUUGUGUUUUCUGAGGAACGUAUUACUCUGUAGCACUCUGUGUUAACUGUCAUCGACACAGUGACGUGAGGUUCAGUUUGGAUAGGAAUGAAUCCAGUCGAACCUGUUACAGUGAUGUUACAUGUUAAUGUUGCAGCGACCAGACAGAAAAAUAAUGUUAAUGUAUGUCACCUUUGAGCAUACAAACAGUUUGUUUCUAUCGUUACAUGGUUCUGUUUUACUCCAGUAACAGGGUAGAGGAAGAAAAACUGUGCUGUAUCAGUGUUUGAAUAAACAUUUGCCAUUUAAAACUGCUGAGUCUCUUUAAUAAUGAAUUGGCUGCACAUUUGUAAUGGCACUUUCCACAAAUAAGGCACAAAAUAGACAUUGAAACUCUUUAAAAAAUGUCUUUAAAAAGUUGUU